AGCAGCCACACGCUGCAAAGCGAGUGAUGGGAGCUCACCGUCUACACUUUCUUCUAUUCAAAUGUUUUUAGAGUGUAGCUAUACGGAUGUUCAUCCAUGCACAAUGCGCAUGGAAUGUCCUUAGCGGUUGUUUUGGAUGGAUUUAAGUCCAUGAGUGAGGCGCACUUUAGCAAGAUGCCCACCACCUGGAAUGUAACCUGCUCCUAUGGAAUAUAGUCCAGUCCUCCACAGUCUCCAUGUUGUACCAUCAUCCCACCUGAAGAACAAACUUUUUGUCUUCUGCAUUAUGCUCACCCUGUGGGUCUACAUGAUCUACUGUUGUGUCGGCUACAGUUCCACCAUACCCAGUCUGCGGGCUUACACCGCCCGCACCGAGCCCCAAGUCUCCUCCAUGGGGCCGUCAAGAGACUUGCUGAAUAACGACAACGACUUGGACAGCAGAGGGGACGACUGGGAGGACGUGAGGACCGAAAAUGAUACUAGCAACAAUAAUGUCAUGUCGGCUUUCCUGAAUGAAUCGGAGACUAAAAAGUUGCCCCAGGCUAUCAUCAUUGGGGUGAAGAAAGGAGGAACGCGCGCCCUGCUGGAGUUCCUGCGGCUACAUCCUGACGUCCGAGCGGCCGGAGCUGAGCCACACUUCUUUGACCGCAACUACGACAAGGGACUGGAGUGGUACAAGGACCUGAUGCCCAAGUCAUUCGAGGGCCAACUGACCAUGGAAAAGACACCAAGCUACUAUAUCACCAAGGAGGUCCCUGCUCGUAUUUAUACCAUGUCUAAAGACACAAGGCUGAUUGUGGUCGUCCGUGACCCAGUCACACGAGCCAUCUCGGACUACACCCAGACCCGCUCCAAGAAACCAGACAUUCCGUCCUUUGAGAGCCUGACCUUUAAGAACACAUCAGGUGUGAUCGAUGCAACGUGGAGUGCCGUCCAAAUCGGCAUGUACGCCAAGCACCUGGAACGCUGGCUCCAGUACUUCCCCAUGGAGCAGAUGCUGUAUGUGAGCGGCGAGAGGCUCAUUAGUGACCCUGCCGGAGAGGUGGCGCGGGUCCAGGAUUUUCUCGGGCUCAGAAGGGUUGUCACAGAAAAACAUUUCCACUUUAACCCGGCAAAGGGCUUCCCUUGCUUAAAGAGGCCGGAGGGGAACAGCAAGCCUCACUGUCUGGGAAAAACCAAAGGUAGAACCCAUCCUAACAUUGACCCUGAUGUGGUGCAGAGACUACGGGAGUUCUACAAGCCCUUUAACAGGAAGUUUUACCAGAUGACUGGCCAUGACUUUGGCUGGGACUAAAAGGGCGGGCUGCAGGCUCAUGCUAGUUUUGUUUUUUAUAUAAUUGUAUCAUGCAGAAGGUGUAGAGCAGGGGUGCUCAUUAAGUCGAUCGCGAGCUACCGGUCGAUCGCGGAGGUGGUACUGGUCGAUCGCUGGUCGAUCGCUGGUCGAUCGCGGCGUGACAUUAAAAAAAUAUCAUCCCAGCAUCAAUGCCGUCACUUGAUUGAUAUACAGGGCAGCCAUUCAGAUGACAACAGAAUGUUGCCCUUCGGGCGACCAAUCAAAUCAAACAACGUCUCUAAGUGCAGCAGAACUUACGAUGUCAGCCUAUCAUCCAUCCCCGUUACUUGAUUGACAUACAGGACAACCAAUCAGAUGACAACUGAAUUUUGACCUUUAGGUCACCGCUCAUGCGUAAACAACGAUGCAAAGUGCUAAGCUAGUCGGCGAAUUGCGAGAUUUUAAAGCCCUCGCUAAAGUUUAUGGUCACUAAAAUGAGUGAAGGAGCUGGACCAAGUAAAAAGGCAAAAACUGGACCAAGUAAAAAGGCAAAAAACAUAUCACUUCCAUACGGAUAUGGAAUAUUAUACAGAUAUUGUGAUACGGAUAUUAUCCAUGACUGAUAAACAUUUGGAAGUGUGCUUGAGGCUGGCUAUCAGCAGCUACUGUCCGGACUAUGCAUCCCUGGCUGGUUCAAUUCAGUGCAAGUCAUCAAAGUAAACUCAGGUAAUUACAAAAAAUGUUAAUAGUUAAUUAUGUGUGUUUUGCAAUAUUGGCUCAUUUGGUUAUGUAAGGUACAUCAACAUACAUUGUACGUACAAAUAAUCCUCAAUACAUUUGAAAAUAAAUAGAUGUUUUGCAUUUUUGUAGUGGGUAGAUCAUUUUGACUCAGUCAUUUUAAAAGUAGCUCGCAUGCUGAAAAAGUGUGAGCACCCCUGGUGUAGAGAGUAUAUUUGCCAGAUAUGUAAAAAGUCAAGAAGUCUAUUUUAUGAUAAUUUAUUGCUAUGAUUACUAAGCUAUGUAACAUUAGAUUAAAUACACACUUCAAGGUUAUAAAUAUUAUCCUCGAAGCACAAUGUUGUUACGGGUAUUUCAAGCUUGCUUUUUGUCUUUUAAUUUAGUUUAUUUUCUUUUUUUUCUGAAAAGCUGCUUCAGGGGCCUUCACCUCAACCUGAAUAUGAGAUCCAACUUGUAAUAUCCCCUUAACAUUUGCUUGACCCUAGGUGGUGUAUGGACUCACUUAGUAAGGUCGAUGCAGGCCUACGAUGAGCCAGUGUCAGUCGGCCAGGUCGAUCGAUACUGUAAUAGCUCCUCAUCACGUCAAUUAGCCCUGACAGAUGGCGCUGCCGUGAUGGUUCAAGCACUGCAAUAAAACACAGAUCCAUUAAUGUUCACAUGGGUAUGGCUGACCUUUAAGUCCAAUUCUAUUUAAUGUAAUUUAACAUUUCCUUUAUAUUUAAAUACAAUACAAUAAUUACAAUAUUUGGUGUAUAACAUUUCUACAACAAGAGGCUUGUGUCAGAUGCAUUUUGAUAGGUGGGGAUUCCACCUGUUUUCCAAAGAUGCAUGUUUGGAGCGCUUUCUUCAGCAGACAUGAUUCAUAAGAUGCUUGAGCUGCAUCCAAAUGGCUCUUGAGAAUCAUUCUGCAUAAAUGAAAACGUACCAGUGAUGCCCUUGUCUAUGAUAAUUCAGCUGAUAGAAUCCACUAUACAGGAAAAAACAUAAUAAACACUGGCCAAAGUGGGUGAUUCAAGUGUCAUGUAUUGUUGAGUUUUAGUCAACAACAAUAUAAUAAAUGAAUAAAUGCCAUUCCCUGUUGUUAUAGACGCACUCUAUUUCUGUGUUCUUUGAAUAUUAAAAUGAAGUAGGUUGGACCAAGGUUUUCAAUUAAAUAGUGUCAUUCUUCGAGAUGCUCCAAUCGAUCGGCCACCGAUCGAGAUCGGCUGAUUUCCAUGAAAAACAUGUGAUUGGCAUAUGUUGAUAAACGGCCUUCCAAGGCGAUCACAAAAAACGAUCGGCAUACAGUGAAAAAUCCUGCAUGUCUGCUGUAUCAUGUAGGGUUGCCAAUCGAUCGCUUACCAAACCUAUUGAAGUUCUAUUCUUGUUUACAUGCUGUGCCGGUCUCUGGACCCCAAAUGUGACUUUUUACCACAUUGACAUUUUUGUCACAUUUUAUUUGGUUAAUUUUGUUAUUUUGGAGUAAUUCUUAAUUAUUACAAACAAGAUGAAAUCAUCAACAGUUUAUUUCUCAUGUAUCCGUAUUACUCUAAAACAUGCAUCAAAUUAAAUUCAGGUUUGUGUCAAAAAGUACAAAAAUUGUUUCACAAAAAAAAGGGAAACAAAAGACUGUCUGCCCAAAUGUUUGUUUUUUAAUAACUACCUAUUUGCAAGGGAUGAAAAGCAAUCCUGAAUGAUACCACUUAUCAUAAAUAAAGUACCACUUCAUGUAAUUGGCCGUCUUGCACAUUUCUUAGCUAACGAGCUAAGUAGCAAAACGCUCUAAGCUGUUUUUAGCAGACAGAAAAGAAAUUAUUACUGUAUAUAAAUACAAUAAACUAAACAAAUAUAUAUAAACUGUGGUGAUGUUGUGACAGAUGACACCAUAUGCAAGUUAAGUAAGGUCAGCUGCUGCAGAUAUGACAUCCUAGUCACAAUGACUAUUUUAACUUGAGAAUAUUUAGUAUGUUUAUCUGGGUGGGCAAAGGUCAACCUGAAAAUGAGCUACUGUGUGAACCACCCCAACAUUCAACCUUUAUUUAACACCUCAGCCAAAAUGCCCUCAUUUACCUAAGGCUGCCAGAAUUGAUGAAGCCAGUCUCCCUGGUGGCAAGGCAAGCAGUCUGCUCAGUCACUAAGCCGCUCCCACUGCAAUUAUGGCCCAUGGAAGAGGCCUGUGUAAUAACUGCCAGGCUCCCGACUGGGGAAUUGUUGUUACCACACAUCCCUCCAGGCAAUUGUAAGUGUGGCUUGCUUUUGUUUGAAAGUUGGGGAGGAGAGAAAAGACAAGGGAAAAUAAACACCUGGCAGCCAGAUUGCACACAUAUCCACUUUGGCAGCAAUCAUUGGACAACAAAACAAAGCAGCUGAAUAAUACAAUAUAGUGAUAAUAAAAGAUAGACCCAUAGAGUGGAGUGGUUUUAUCAAGCAGAUGAGCAGAUUUUGAGGGGAAAGAUAUUCCAACAGAACUAUGAACCAAGAUCUCCCGACUAAAGACCUCAUGAUGGUCUAGCAUGCAAAUAGCACAGCCAUGAGGUGCAUUCAUGGACAUUGGGCUAUAUAAGUUUUGGGGGGCGGGGGGAGGCAAAGACUCCAUGACCUACUGAAAAGGGCUCAAUGACCCACUAGUUGAGAAUCACUGCUCAAGCGGAAGGUGGAGGGGCAUAAUGUGCACAAGUAUCAGUAUUUGGACACAAUUUGGACAUGAUCACCGUUUUCAGUGAGGUCAUCAUGUUGCCAUCUUGGCAGUUAUUUGGGAGCUGUAUCAUCAUUCCUCAAAAUUCCACAGCUCAAACUGAAAUUGAUAGAUAUUGAACACCUCUUGUCAAGACAUUUUACAUCAUAACAGAAUACUCUGUGACCUACAAGAAAAGGGGGAACAUCUCUUAGGUAAACUUUGUCUAACAGGUUUAUAAGACAAUUGUCUCCUCUCUUAAUCUUUUAUUCUGCUUUGUCCUAGUGCUUCAUCCUAAUCUGAUAGGAAAGGGUGAGUAUUAAUCCGAGUUGACAUAUAUGUGCUGACAGAGUCAUCGCAAAUCCUCUUCCCAAAAAGGGUGCUACUUAGCGCUGUUUGAAACCAACUUGGUUUUCGCUAACUUCAAAUAAAAUGUGGCAGACAGAGAAUUUAGACCUAGAAGAUGAUGACAAUGAUGAUGAUGACAGCUGUUUCUCUAAAUCGUAAAUUUGUGCAGUAAUGCUGACACACUUUUGGGCUUGUCGGGUAAAAUGAGAAAGCUCAAUGACCUGAGGAUUUUCACAGAUUCUUGUCCUACAAAAUUGAGAAGAAAUCAUUAGGAUUGAGCUGGAAUUAGUUUCUUUUAAAUGUGAUCCAAAGAUUACCCCAUAAGUAUGUUUGAUUUCAAGGUCUAUCGCUAUUUGUAUUCUUUUAUAUCCUCCUUUUAUAAUACCUAUAUGUCUGACCUUAUGAUGUUUCGAUAUGGGCGAAACCUGCCACGUAUGGAAGAGAUGUUGUGCCGUCUGGAACUUGUAUCAGCACCAGUGUGGUAACCAGAGCUGCCCUAGAGGAGAAGUGCCAUCUUACCAAUACAUACAUUUGUGCCUGUAAGGAUUACUCUGUGGUUUCCCAGCACCAUUUGUUCUUGUAACCCGCCUGCCUGGUACCACUUUGGACUAUCCAUUAGAACAAAACCACCCACCCCCUCACCCUCAAAUCUCAGCGGUAUGGUGUUGAAAUCAUUAUAUGAGUCCGACCAAAGGAGGAGAAAUUGUUUUGUGUGGAAAAACUGAAAAAUAAACAGCAUGAUUAGUUUUUUUUCAUUUUAUGGUUUCUGUUGGAGGACAAACGACACAAACAUUCUAAACGUUUUCCAAUGCUGUAAAAAUGUGAAGAGUAAAUAGAAGAGUAAAUAUUCAUUAUUUCUGUCAACAAAGAUUUGCGUCAUAGCCUGCGACACACGUUUCUAUCAGCAGGGCGGGAUGCCAGGCAGGUGGCUGUAGUAAAUAAACUGGUGGCUGUGUGAUGGGCCAAGCACGGUAUAGAUAUCGGCCAAUACUUGCUUUAUAAUGCAGAUUGCCUCCACCAAUCAGCUCCGCCCCAUUGCAGCAUCCGGCCUAUAGCACUUUAAAAAGCUUUAGAUUGGUGCAGCAUUUGGGUGCCGAGUGAGCAUGUGUGCCGCGCUUAAAACAAGCAUUGUGUGUACUGUUUUCAGCAGUGGUGCAAAGCUAACAGACGAGUGCCGGCAUCAGAAGAGGGGGCCGACUGCAUCUGCGGCUCAGAAGGCAGCAGCUGGAGGGGCCCAGCAGAGGCCGGUGAGAAGUGGUUGGAUUGGUCAAACAGGAGGAAGCUGCAGUAGGUUUGUUAGGGGCUCCUGCUGCAGCACCAUCAAGCUGCUCUCACAUCAAAAGUCUCCAUAAGUCAUUAUACAUUUUAGCAUAUUUCCACAGCAUUUUAGCUUCAGCUUCCAAACUGCUCCAGUGUUCAUUCAAAAUUUCUAUUUUCGCACCUUUCCAAAGCAUUUCAGUUUGUCUUCAACUUUUUAGAAUUCACAAGCAAUGUCGGCUGACAUCGCAUCAUCUAAUUACAUUGUGCACUUGUACACAUUGUAUAAUUGUUAUAAUUAGUCUAUCCAGUAUGAUGUGUUUGAAUCACCUAAUAUUAACAUAUCAAUUUUGUGUGGAAAGUAAAUUUGUAGCAUAUACCAGCCAGCAACAACACCAGUGCACAAAUAUUUGCAUACUGUGCACACCAUAAUACCGUAUUUUCUGGACUAUAAAUCGCUCCGGAGUACAAGUCGCACAAGGCCAAAAAUGCACAAUUAGGUAGAAAAAAACAUACAUAAGUCGCACUGGAGUAUAAGUCGCACUUUUUGCGGGUAAUUUAUUUUAUAAACUACUUGACCAAAACAGACCUCUUGGAAGGCAAGAUCUAACAAUAAAAGAAUCAAGAACAGGUUGAAUAAGUGUAAGAUAUGCUAACACAAUGGUUAUUCAGCUACACAAAAAAUAAACAUGAACAGAAAAGGUGUCCAGUGUUUACGUAACAUGAAUAGUUUUUUCAUUUAUAAGUCGCUCUGGAGUAUAAGUCGCAGGAACAGCCAACCUAUGAAAAAAAGUGAGACUUAUAGUCCGGAAAAUACGGUAUAUGUAUUUAGUUUUAAUUGCAAAGCACAUUAUGUGGUUAAACAGAGUAUAAACAGUAUGACCAUAAAAUGAACUCACAAAGAAGUCACAACAAAACAGGAAUAAAAGACGAACGGUGACAGGAAGUAGCAUGUGCAUCGGCUGGGCCCAGACGCACGGAUUAAGGUUAAAGCACAUUGGAAAUAUGCGCCAGACGUCAGAAAUACUGGAGAUAAGCGACGCCUGUUUAUACGGAUGGGAGAUAAACAGAAUCUGGUUUGGAAGGCCGUCUUGGGAAAUUUCCUGCUCCUUUUUGCCUUUUGUGCUCACUCCCAGGAGCACCAGUUUAACCAAACAAUUAAUUGCAAAAUCAGAUUGUAUCCCUGAAGGAUUGGAAAUUAUCUUUUGGAAAUUAUCUUUCAGUGUUUUCUUUGAUGUGCUUGUAUUUUGGAGGGCUGUAUUAUUCAUCAUCAUGUUCCUUCUUUAACCAAAAGUCAUCUUCCUCAUCCUAUUCCAAAAUCUCUUUGUAAAGCAGCAUUUCAUCCUAGGCUUGUCCCACAGCAACACUUGUAAAAAUACCCUCAUCUAUGCCACUCAUUAUGCUCACAUAGAUAGAACUGUCUGCUUCUGGGCCAGCUGUACACAGCUCAGACAGGACCACGCACUACAGAUUAGCAGCUAAACUAAAGGCCAAAAUGAUCUCCGGGCUCACUGUGCUUUUUUCGGGUGCAGACAGACGACAGACCACACCACAGACAAUCCGGCCUGUAAUCCCACUGAGGGUCCUGCACUCCCCUCCACUUCUUGAAGUCCAAAUCUUGGAUUAUGAAGGUGACAUUGGUCCACAAAGAAUAGUGGUCUCUAUACACCUCAUUAGGGAGAAAGCAGGAUAAGGGCCGGAAAAUCUUUAUUCAUUUCUAAGUUAGGCGAGAUCCCAGGCUGUACAGACUGAUGCUCUUACUGUAUAUACCUUCAUGGCCACAAUAUUAGGUGCAAUAUAUGAGGUCAAUAAUCUCAUAUUAGAAUUUGACCUAUUGUGUCAGGGAAAUAUUCAUAUAUGUUUGAAAUGUUUAUUGUGCUUAUAGUUUGCAGUCGGUAUCAUCUAAUCAUCUUCUGGUUGAAAAGAAAUAAUUUAAAAGUCAUACACUGUAUGUACAGUAAAAUAUUAUUAGUAGUAGCUUUAGUAUUAUUAUAUUAAUUAGGUAUGUUACAAUUGCCGUUUUAUAAAGCCAAUACUGAUCAUUCAUGAGUGAAAUCGGCCUAUACCGUUACCAAUAAUUCACUGGUGUUCUGUAUUUGCUUUUUUAGUCAUUCCAUGUACACAAGUAGAUACACAGAGUGUAUUUAAAUAUAAUGUGUGUAUUUAUUAGCGAUGAACCGGAUACUUGUUUAUAACGAAAAUAUGAAAUUACACCAAAUGUUGGAUUAUUUUGAAAAGUCUAAAUAGGUAGACAACUUAUUCUGAGUGAGCUGAACAUUUUGAUGUUGGAUUUGUUUGAAUUGGUUAAGAAAUUGAAUAGUUAUCAGACAUAAAAUGAGGCAGAAUCAGAACAAGUAGGAAGAAGAUGAAUAAAUAGAUGAAAAUGGCCGACUACAAUAACAUACUACAAUACAAUGUAAUCAGUACAAGAGAACUUUUAAAAAGUCUUUUUUUGUGGCAAUAUGAGUGCUGUGGCCCUGCCUUCAUUGACAGGAAGACAGCGGAAACAUCCACAUGAAUCAGAUGGCAUGACACGGUCGAAGCUGUCAGGUAUGGAAAAGAACUAUAUGGGUCGGUUAAAAAAAAUUGUUUAAGAAAAUACUGUACAAGAAUUAUAAAACACAUUGAACUCUUUUCUUCUGAGUUUCCACCUGUUAACUUUGGUAAUCUAAUAAAAGACACAAAAAACUUUAUAAUGAGUAUUUUGUUUUCCAGGUGGAAUUAAGUGAUAAUGGAGGGAAAUGACACAAUGGCAACUCAUUUUCCCUCUGGCAGUGCCACUACAGCUGCUUGUGUUUGCAUCAAAUUGUUUAGGCUCUUCUUGUUGGGUAAAAUUGCUGUUAGAUUUCAAUAACUUGAAUCUGCAACAUGGCUGCUAUCUUUCCUUCCUGUUUCUUUGUAGAUUGAAUGUAGAGUGUAGAGUGAGUAGAGGGUCCUCAAGCCAUUGCUAAUGUGAAAGAGUUUUGUCCUUCAUGUCCCUCCCUGUGCUGUCUUUUGUUAGAAAGCAGCCAACAUCAAGGGCCCAAUUCAUCUUUGGAUUGACUGAGUUUGAAUUCCUUGUGUUGCCAUGGCAUCAGCGGGCGGUGUCACUUAGCGAAGAUGACAAGCUUGAGUUUUCUUUUUUUGACGACACCAUAUCUGCUAUUUUCAGAGUUGUUGCACCAACACCAAACAGACAACAAGGCAAGACAUGUCAGCCGAUGGGAGCGAAGUGAUGCUAAUGGUGCAUUUGGGGAGACAAGCAAGUAGAUAGGAGAAAACGUUGCAACAAUUAAGAAUAACAAUUAACAAUUGAAAACAAUUAAGCUGUCAACUAACGAGAAUAAGGCACAGUUGUAAAAUGAUGAGAAAAGUGAUAUAAUGUUGGGAGACCAGGACAUCUUAGGAGAAAUCCUAAAUCUUGGCACAAACUCAAACAUGAGGCAUGUCAGCUGAAACAGCCCCGGCUGCACGACUCCACAAAAUUCCUGCCACAACCCAAAGACCGUUGCUUGCUUCGUUUUCCUGUUCCAUUGCUCAUGAAAGGAAAAGUGCAAAGUUACAAGACUCCGCUGAAUUAAAAUUUUAUAUCAUUUAUAUAUCAUCAUAUGAUACUUCCCAAACAUACUCCAGCUUCCUCCCACAUUCCAAAAAGGUUAAUUAACUCCAAAUUGUCCAUAGGUAUGAAUGUGGCUGUGAAUGGUUGUUUGUCUAUGUGUGCCCUGUGAUUGGCUCGCAAUCAGUGCAGGGUGUACCCCGCCUCGCACCCAAAAACAUCUAGGAUAGGCUCGAGCCCCCGCGACCCUUGUGAGGAUAAGCAGUAGAAAAUGAAUGAAUGAAUGAAUUUGAAAGCUUGAAGCUUGAAGAAAGAUUCCUUGUUCAUAUUCCUCAAUAAAGGUUUGGAUGAAACUUUUCAUUUUUAGAAUUGAUUGGGCUAAAAAUUGUUAGUGAUUAAAGUGAAUUAUUUAGUGAUCAAGAGAGUUUCUCGAAGCAUAUUACGUAUUAAAAUAACUUCUUGCUGGAAUGGCAAUGGCCACUAAGGUUUUUCAUGUUAAAUAAUUCAUGUAUUUGUAUUGUUUAAAAUAACAUUAACUUUAAUGAACUGCACUGUGUACUGUUCUCGUAGGAUGGUUGCCUAUAACCUUUUUUUUCAACAGAAAAGUUGACAAAACAUUGAAAAACUGAUAUUUUUUUACACGAGAGCAGUCCUUUACGUAUAGUUACUUUAGACAUUUUAUUUUGAAAGUUACACUUGAUUAUAGGAAACCACUUUUGAAAAGAACAAUGCAAUCUGUUUUAUGGGUCUUCUUUGUAAAUUAUGUAAUAGAUUAGAUUAUGUUGACCUGAAUAUGAUGGCUGAGCAACACUAAAGCGAAUUGAGAUAUCUCUUGAGUACUGCAAGCUCACAAUAAAAAACUCACUACAAUGUAAUUAAUUCAAGUUAAUUUGAGUACUCCAUACUCAAAAUAAACAAGUCACUCUAAUAAAAAAAUAAAUAAAUAAAAAAAUAUAAAAUAUAAUAAAAAAUAUAAGAUAAGAUCAUUUGAGUAUCGGGGUGAGUGGUUAGCGUGCAGGACACACAGCUAGGAGAUCCGAGUUCGAUUCCACCCUCGGCCAUCUCUGUGUGGAGUUUGCAUGUUCUCCUCGUGCAUGCGUGGGUUUUCUCCGGGGACUCCACCUUCAUCCCACAUUCCAAAAACAUGCUAGGUUAAUUGGUGACUCCAAAUUGUCCAUAGGUAUGAAUGUGAGUGUGAAUGGUUGUUAUGUGCCCUGUGAUUGGCUGGCGACCAGGCCAGGGUGUGCCCGCCUCUCGACCAAAGACAGCUGGGAUAGGCUCCAGCACCCCCACGACCCUCGUGAGGAUAAGCGGUAGAAAAUGAAUGAAUGAAUGAUUAUUGAAAAAAACCUAGAAUCAAAUUAUUUAGUUUAAUUAGUACUACCCACUCACAAUAAUGAAUUAAAUCCGAUGUAAUUUAUCUAAGUUUUGUGAGGCAGCGUGUUUGCAUAAUUUUUUCAAGUAAAGUCUAUCCAAUU